UUGGGCGGAAGUUGCGUGAACAGCAGGCUGUCAUCGGAGCUGCUAGCCGGUUGCUGCCCUAAAAAACAAGUAAAAUCUUUUGAUAAAAGCGUCGCCAAGUCGAAGUAAAAUUAGCUCCCAUAGGAAUAUGGAUGAAGACGUGCUGACGACUCUGAAGCUUUUGAUAAUUGGCGAAAGUGGAGUCGGGAAGUCCAGUCUCCUCCUGAGGUUCACUGACGAUACUUUUGAUCCAGAGCAGUCAGCGACAAUAGGUGUGGAUUUCAAAGUAAAGACACUGGCAAUAGAUGGGAACAAAGCAAAGCUCGCCAUAUGGGACACAGCUGGACAGGAAAGGUUCCGCACCCUGACCCCCAGCUACUACCGCGGCGCACAAGGAGUCAUACUUGUGUAUGACGUCACAAAGCGCGACACUUUUACGAAGCUGGGAAACUGGCUGAAUGAACUGGAGACCUACACAACACGCAAUGACAUUGUAAAAAUGCUUGUUGGGAACAAAAUUGAUAGGGACGACCAUGAAGUAGACAGAAAUGAGGGGCUGAAAUUUGCUAGGAAACACUCCAUGCUUUUUAUUGAGGCCAGUGCAAAGACCAAAGAUGGAGUCCAGUGUGCCUUUGAGGAGCUUGUGGAGAAGAUCCUCCAGACCCCAGGACUUUGGGAGAGUGAAUACCAGGGUCAGAAGAUCAGUCUGGGGGACCAGGAGCACAGCAGAGGCCGAGCAUGUGGCGGAUACUGUUCCAUACCCUGAAACUGACCAAAACGAACCACUAUGAAGGAAUGACUACAGACCAGAAACAGAGAGGAAAGGGGAGAAGGAGAGGGAGGAGGAGAGGUAGAACUGGAUGAGUACUUUUUUUUUUCCUUUUUUUUUUUAAAAAAGGUUGAUUGUUGGAGUAGUUCUGUCGGUCAAAAGGACUUUGCUGUUUGCACACUUCCUUUUCAACCAUCAUCUGUCACAUGUCACUACUUUCUGUUUAAAACAUGAAUGAAAGGAUCAUGCAAAAAUAGUCUCUUGUCUAAGGAAAUAUAGUGUUUUAAAUUGAUAUAAC